AUGAGUCCAGAAGUAGAGUGCAAACCAUAUACACGGAAGCGCAAGAGAUUCACCAACAGUCUCUCACCAGGACGUACUCGCAAUGCGCCUGAGUCAGACUCGGUCAGUCGGCGAAGUUCGCAAUUGCCGGUGGACCCGCCCCUUGAGAGCACAAUUGCAUCAAGUCUAUCUCCUCAACAAGUUACUGAAGGAGCUACCGUGAGAAAUGAGACUAUUGAGAGUACAGAAGUAAAUACAACCAUCGAAAAUGAUUCUUUUAUCAAACAAGAAACCUAUCGCGGUCGGAGCGAGUACUUGGGUGGCAGUGUUCCGUUUGAUGAAAAUAUGGUCAAGCCCGGUCAUCAAACAACAUAUACAAGUCCAACGGCCUCUGCGACUGAUAUUCAAAUGCUCCGUGAACAAGGUGCAUUUGAUCUUCCGCCAGUAUCAAUUCAAAAACAGCUGAUGGAGAGUUUCAAUAAAUACUGUGCUCCUUGGACCCCCGUUAUCGACCCCGCAUGGCUAGAUGAGUCAACACCACCUUCGAUGUUACUACUUCAAUCUAUCUUCCUUGCUGGGAGUCGAGUAUCUAAAGCCCAUCUGGAGUAUGGAUCAAGCGAAGUCUUUUAUCGACGUGCAAAGUUGCUCUUCUUUUUUGGUGGCGGACAUGGAUCCCUCAUAUCUAUUGUUGCUGCUUGUCUGCUGCAUUGGUAUAAUCCUGUUGGACCUGAAGAUGUCUCGACUGAUACUAGUGGUUUCUGGAUACGCACAGCUGGAGCAAUGGCAUUUCAAAUUGGAUUACACAAAGAGCCACCCCCGAAUACUAAAUAUCGCGGUCUCCGCCGAAGGUUAUGGUGGUCGUUAGUGAUCCGAGACAAUGUCAUCUCAGUCGGUGUUGGACGACCAAGAACUAUCAACUUACGCGAUAGUGAUGUUCUCCCUCCUUCAAUACAUGAUUUUGCGACCAAGGAUUUCCGUACUCAACUCUUCUUAGCAUAUUGCUCAAUAUCAUGCCUCCUAGGAGAUACUGUUGAAUGCUACCUGCGACGAGAGAUAUCGCGACAACGACGAGUUGACCUUGAGAAUGCCGUUUAUCGAUGGGCCAAACAAGUGAUUCCAAAACUCCGCACAUCUACUUUGACCACAGAGGAUACCAUGACCUCUCAGUUCGAAGUUCAACAACUGCUUGUCAUGUAUUUCGUGGUUUUAACCAUCCUCCACCGGUCACCAACACCCAACAGUGUCCCACCCGCAGCAUCUCUAGUAGCCUCAUCAUUCAUUGCAGGCAUAUAUGAAGAAUUUCUCUUACGAGAUGAACUUCGCUAUCUUGGUCCUGUCUUCGCAUUCUACCCACUCUGCGCAGGUCUCUCUCUGCUAUCAUGUUGUCGCUACACGCAACUACAAACCACAGCCGAGCAUGAGUUGACCGUGAUGAAACUCUCACUGCAGAAAUUAUCAGAGCGAUGGCUCUCAGCUGUUGGACCCUUGAACGCCUUGAAUAAAUUAACAGAAAAGGUCCGAGAGCAAGGACCGAUCGAUGGGUCCCCGCCAACUCUCGACAUUGAAAGUGCUGCCUUCUUUGAAGGAUUUGAUCUGAAAAUGUGUAAACAAUGGCGAUUUAUAACACAUACUUCUGAGUUGGAAACCAACUUGGGAGAGCCGACAUGUACAUUGGCCGAGGUGCAAGAUCUGACGGACACACUCCCGGCAUUCGAUACACGCCCGGAGGAUAUGCUGGUUGAUUUUAAUUUCCCUUUGAAUCCUGAUAGUGAGAUGGAGCCAUUCGGUACCAACUGGGAAGGCUCUGGGUUUGAUUGGAGUGGUUCAUGGUUAUUGAAUGUAUAA